CAGACCCGGAAGGUUCUAAAUGGGAAUAUAUUAAUGAUGUCUUUCUUUAGUAAAAAAAUAAUGCCAAAAUUAACUAGGCAACCAUUGGAUUCAUGUACUUAUCGAGUAAACCAAGAGAUUUAAGCAUCGGAUUGCUAGGGCUGACCUUUUGCCUGUUCCAAAUUAAAGUUUGGCCAAUUCAUCGUGUCACAAACCUUGUUUUGUAGGUGACUUAAAGAUUUUAAUUCAAUAGCCAUGGAGUUGUAUUGCCUCCAUUUUUUGUGACAAAAGAUUCGAAAUCAAUUCAAAUAGUAUCCUUAAAAAAUUUAGCCUUGUUUGGUAACCGAAUAUAUUAUUAUUCCCAGCAUGCAGGCAAAAAGGUAUUCCACUAAUUAUUCAUGGGAUUUCUCGCCUAAAACUAGCUAUUUUCAUUUGUAUUAAUCUUUCAAGCAUAUUCAUAAAGAGAAUUACAUUUCAUUAAGAGGACACAAACAAUAAAGGGGGAAUUAGCAAGGAAGAAACUAAAAUGGGACACACCUACUUGAAAUGUUGCAAUACAGAGUUCUUCAUCUAUAUUGCAGCAGUUGUGUUUCUAGUCUUGUGUGCUGGUCUCAUGUCUGGCCUCACGUUAGGCCUCAUGUCUAUGAGCGUCAUUGAUCUUGAAGUUCUUGCAAAAUCUGGAACGCCCAAAGACCGUCUCCAUGCUUCAAAGAUCUUGCCCAUUGUGAAGCAACAACAUCUAUUGCUAUGUACGCUUCUGAUUAGCAACGCUGCUGCUAUGGAGGCACUUCCUGUUUUUCUCGAUGAAUUAGUACCAGAUUGGGGAGCAAUACUUCUUUCAGUAACAUUGAUACUUCUCUUUGGUGAGAUUAUACCACAAUCUCUCUGUACAAGGUAUGGGUUAGCCAUUGGUGCUACUGUUGCUCCACUUGUUCGAGUUCUUAUUUGGUUUUGGUUUCCAAUAGCCUAUCCAAUAAGUAAGAUCUUAGACCGCCUGUUGGGGAAAAGGCAUAAGGCUCUAUUUCGGAGAGCUGAAUUGAUGACUUUAGUUGACAUGCACGGUAAUAAGGCUGGAAAAGGAGGAGAAUUAUCACUUCAUGAGACAAAUAUAAUUGCAGGAGCACUUGAGCUCACUGAGAAGACUGCAAGGGAUGCCAUGACUCCUAUAUCUGAAACUUUUGCUAUUGAUGUCAAUGCCAAUCUUGACAGGGUUCUGAUAAACUUAAUCUUGGAGAAGGGACAUAGCAGGGUUCCAGUGUACAACGAACAUCGAACAAACAUAAUUGGACUUGUCCUGGUGAAAAAUUUGGUGACAAUUAAUCCAAGUGAUAAUGUGCCCGUGAAGAAUGUAACAAUACGGCGUAUCCCAAGAGUUUCAGCAACAAUGCCAUUGUAUGACAUACUAAAUGAAUUCCAGAAAGGUCUCAGCCACAUGGCUGCUGUUGUGAAAAAGCCAGAUGGUACAAUCGCCAAUCUAUCCACACGUGUAAGAGAAGUGAGAUUGAACAUUCCUGGAGAAAUGUUUUAUCAAAGGAAAAGCUCGAGGGCCAGACGAUCAUUGAGGAAGUCAAAGAGAUUCAGUGCAAGUAUUUCGCAAAGGGAGUUGUCGAAAAGCAGAAGGUGGUCAGAGGAAGUUCACCCAGAGAUCCUGCCAAUUAAGGAAAAAUCACUUUCAGCUCUUCCUUCAGAAGAAGUAAUUGGGAUCAUUACCAUGGAAGAUGUCAUUGAGGAGCUUCUAAAAGAGGAGAUCUAUGAUGAGACAGAUCAUAUUGAUGUCAAUUUCAUGUCGAGACGCACGGGGUAAUGUACUCAUGAAGCCUCAAAUUCGGCAUUGUUCGUGUCAUUUGAACAACCUGAUGGAACAAGUCAUUUGGAAAUGGAUUGAUUUGCACAAA